AUGGCCUUCAACGUUUCGGAGGCGGCAGCCUAUGCUGUCUUGUACAUUGUCCUGGGAGUCUUCAGUCUCCUUGCUGUGGGUAGCACGGGAAUGCUCAGCUGCCUCCCUGAAAGCAUCAGCCGAUGCUUUACGCUUGGCAACAACAGCAGUGCUGGUGACCACGAGAAGAUGAAAACAACGGAUUACUUCUUGUCCGCCCGCAACUCUGCUUCCAGUGUCUCCAUUGCGCUCUCCUUCUUUGCAAGCGGUAUGGGCGCAUGGAUUGUGUACGGGACCACUGAAAUGGGAGCUACACCAUCCCUGAGCUGGCUUGGCGUGCUGGGCUAUGCCUCGGCCUCCGCCUUUCCAGCCGUCUUGAUCACUUGGUUAGGACCCAAAGUCAGAAACUACAUGGAUGAGAAUGGCAGUGGCAAGGCCUUUGGAACUACUGAUUUUGGCCGCCAGCGCUAUGGACGCGUCAUGCAGGUGGCAACCGCCGUGGUCAGCGUCUUUUACAUGUUCAUCUACAUUGUGGCAGAGCUCACUUCCAUCAGCAACGUCUUUGCGCUCUUGGUCAACAACUUUUCUGAUUCCUUCGGUCUCACCGUUACAAUCAGUUUGGGUGCCAUCACGGUGCUGUACACCACCUUUGCAGGACUUCCUGCCAGUAUCCUCACAGACAAGUUUCAAGGCAUCAUCAUGGCUCUCUUGGUCUUGAUGUUGACCAUUGCUGUUUGUGCAUUCCAAGAAAACCGUGUCACUCGAGAAGAGUUCGCCUUGGCGAGCAACUGGACCACGGAUGGUCUCAUGGCGGCAGUCACCCUCUUCAUUGCCAUUGUCUGUGCUGAACUCUUCAACCAAGCUACCUGGCAACGUGUCUGGGCGGCUGAAGAUGAGAAAGCCCUUCGUCGAGGCUUUCUCGUAGGAUCUGCAAUGGUCUUCUUGCUCAUGGCAUUCUUUGGUAUCAUGGGGAUGAUUGCCUAUGCCAAUGACCCGGAAUCCUACGACAACUUUGAAAAGUUUGCCUUUUUGGCAUUUUUCGAUUUGCUCGCACCCAUGGGCAAUGGAUGGCACGUUCUUGUCUUGAUCUUGGUGACGGCGCUUGCUGCUUCAUCGAUUGAUUCUCUCCAGAAUGGGAUCACCUCCAUCUUCAGUGCUGACUUGGUCAAGAUUGGCUGGAAUCCCAAAUGGAUCACAAGAGCAUUGGUGGUGUCCAUCAACGUCCCAGCUAUCUACAUGGCAUCGAUUCAGUAUGAUGUCAUCAGUCUUUUCUUGGUGGCAGAUUUGGUUUGUGCUACUAGUGUGUUACCCGUCUUUCUGGGAUUGCAGACAAGAGACUGGGGCUUGUUGAAGGCACCGACCGAACUUGGGGCCAUUUCUGGAUGCAUCGCAGGAGUCGUGACGGUCCUAAUCAAUGGAGUCGUAAACGAUGCGGACGGAGGGUUGUUUGAUUACUUUUGGCUUCGAAAUGACGCGAUCUGCGCUCUCUGCGGAAGCAAGACCAUGGUGUCCUUCAUUAUCACUCCCCUCAUCAGUGGCUUUUUCACCUACUUGGUGUCGUUCCUUGAUAUCCUCGCGCGUGGAGACCGUGCGAGGAUGCCAUUGAUUCCUCUUCCCUUUGACGAGGGCACAGCUGAGAAUGGAAUGGAGAACGACGUUGACGUCGACGAGGAAGUCGAUGACGUAAAGGAGAAGCUGGAUCUUGAGGAGGAGGAAGGCAAAAUCGUCACAACUGAUUCGGAGAACGAGAAGGAUCGUAUUAUCGAGGUGGAUGCUUAG